CUUCACGUCACUUGGCUAAACACAAAAUACGGCAGUAGACGCGCGCAGAACAGACAACACGUACACAUCGAGGGACAUUCGUACGGAGUAAGCAAGAAUAGAAGGAGAGCGCAAAAUGUCAAAUGACAAGUGGUUCGAGAUGAACCAAAGCACCCAGAAGCUGAUCGGCGAACCACCGAAGCGCAAGUUUGUUCAGAUACGCUGGAGCUCCAUUCUGGCGGUCCCCACGCUCCUGUUGGUCGUGCUUUUCAUCCAAAACAUCGUCUUCUUCUACUUGAACAGGCCUCAGGACAUCGUCAAAGAGUUGGGCGCGCUGGUGGCGACUUUGCCCAACAGCAUCCCGGACCGCAACUGCACCGACUUCGCCUGCCACUGGGCGGCGCUGCAGACCGCGUUAGCACAGCCGAAUGCAAGUCACGUCGCGCUUUCCAACUACCUGGAGACGAGUCAGACAAGGCUGAAGGCAGGUCAGGAGGCAGGUCAGACGGCAUUGGCAGAGCUGAAGGCAGGUCACGGCACCAUUUCCAGCGACCUGGAGAAGACUCAGACCGCAUUGGCAGAGCUGAAGGCAGGUCAGACGGCAUUGGAGGCAGGUCAGGAGGCAGGUCAGACGGCAUUGGCAGAGCUGAAGGCAGGUCACGGCGCCAUUUCCAGCGACCUGGAGAAGACUCAGACCGCAUUGGCAGAGCUGAAGGCAGGUCAGACGGCAUUGGAGGCAGGUCAGGAGGCAGGUCAGACGGCAUUGGCAGAGCUGAAGGCAGGUCAGGAGGCAGGUCAGACCGCAUUGGCAGAGCUGAAGGCAAGUCACAACGCGGGUCAGAGCCUGCUGGCCAAAGCCUGGCAGGAGAUUAGCAGCGACAAAGGGCUUCUGAGUCAGACACUGAAAGACCUGAAGACGGACUACAACAGCAUGUCUCGGGCGCGCUCACAAGAGAACAAGGACUUGAGUUCGGCUUUGUCCAGCCUGCGGCAGAAGGUGGUGGAUCAGCCCACCCUUAACAGGGAACUCCAUGGUCUCAUGCCCAGAGACUGCAGUGACAUCAUGGCGGCGGGAAAGUCCAAAAGUGAUGUCUAUUACAUCUUUACAGGGUCCAACAGCAUCGAGGUUUACUGCAACAUGUGGCAGGACGGGGGAGGCUGGACCGUGAUCCAGAGGAGAAAGGACGGCACCGUCGACUUCGCUCGGGGUUGGAACGACUUUCGAAAGGGCUUUGGACGCCUCUCCGGAGAGCACUGGCUCGGCCUGCAAAACAUCCACGCUCUGACGGCCUCGGGCGAUUACCAGUUGCGGAUCGACUUCACCGCAUUCGACGGCGCCAAAUACUACGCUCUCUACAACACGUUCACGGUGGGCCGGAACUCGAUGGACCCCGACAAGGACGGGUACCCGCUGUAUGUGAGCGGCUACUCUGGAAACGCAGGCGAUCGUUUCACCCAGCAUUCUGGGGAGAUGUUCACCACCAAGGACCGCGACCAAGACAAGUGGGAUAAUGGCAAUUGCGCCACCAGGUGGGAUGGCGCUUGGUGGCACGAGUACUGUCACUGGACCAACCUGAACGGGCUGUACAAGGCAACCGGCACCUGCAACGGUCACAAUGUAAUCUGGAAGGAUUUGGGGUCAGCACGGUUUACCUGCCUGAGAUUCGUGGAGAUGAAGAUCCGGCCCAGAAAGUGAGCGGUCGGCCGGCGGAGCCUGGGAACGGCAUCCCCGUGGGAUCACGUGGGUGCUGCCCGACGUCACCUGUAACUCCAUCUGAGGCAGUAUUUCAGCUCAAAGUAUUUUUGUUCAUGCCUCUUAAUGGUGAUCAAUGAGGCGGAAAAUUUUUCUGUGUCGUUUCCCACGGACCCGUCUUAGUGACGGACCACCAGCAAAAUCUCCGCUAGAAAAGGCCAGGUUUUCUAAGCUGUUGACUAGCCAAGUUAUAGUUACAAGUUUCUUAAGCCUUAUUAACCACCUCUCACGCCUGUAUAUGCAGCUAAUAAGGUAAUGAGGGUGACGUUUUUGUGUUCCAUUGCUGAAGUCGCAUUUGAUUUAUGUACCUUGUUUAUCCGUAGCAUUGUAGCUUACAGCUGAAUGUAUUCUCACGUCAGUAAGGACUGUUAAAGUAAUAUUUCAUUACAAGUGUUUUAGGAGUUAAGUUUCUUUUUUUUUUUGGAAAAUUUGGAUUUUGGGAACGAGGCCAACUGAUUAAUUUCUCCACCCAUUCCAGCAGUCUCCUUUUUGUCCCCUCCCUUUACGAAGGUUGAGUUUUACAAUCCAAAGAGGUUUGCGACGCCAUCAGUCUCGCUGGAAUGACAAAUGGCGAGUGGAAUUGUCGUUGUUUGUACAAACAAUGGAGAUGUUUCACUUUUUUCCCUUAUUCAUUAAACUUUCUCUUGAUAAUC